AACAGUACAGUGCUGAGGAAAAGUUGGAAAAAGUGACUAACUCUGUACUUUCUGUAAAUUAUGAAAGGAAAGAAACAAAAGAAAUUUGAACUAAGUCUGAAAACUACUAAAAAAAGUUGCGUUGGUGGCAAGACUAUCAAGAAACGGGAAACAGAUGACAUUAUUGGUAUUACUUCUACUUCUAGAAAAUCCAUUUUAUCAGCCUUCUAUACAGCAUCACAUAAACCCGAGGACGCUAACAUACGUGCCCCGUCUAAGCUUCUUACAGCUGAUAACAGUUACAGUGUCGCAUCAUCGACUGGUAAAGACGGCGAAAGAUUCAAUGAUGAUCCAGCAAGCAAACUGGAGAAUCUUGGGUCUGACCCGAGCUUGGUUGAUUUGUUUCCAGUCUGUGAAGACUGGGAAAAGCUGGAAGACCUUCCACAAAUUAAUGUUCUUAGUAAAGAAUUACAUGAAAGAACCUCAUCUGAUGCCACAUUACCUCAGUCAAAUAGAACUUCUGCUGAUUUCUCACAAAAUGAACCCUAUGUGGAUUUACCUAGUUUGUGCAUGGUUUGCUGUACAAGGAAGAAAUACACAUCAAUUACACUAGAUAGCAUUGAUACUCAAGGUGUUCAAAGUUCAAAUAAUGAAAAUGGAGAUAAGGUAGAAUUCUUUAAAGAACAGAAAGAGUUUGCAGUGAAUGAGAAUAAUUCAUACAAAGAUAUAUGUGAGUUUGACUCGGUUGACUUGAAUGCUGUUUUUGAUGAAGAGGAUGAUUGGUUGGCAGAUGAAGAUUUGACAAACCCAGAUGCAGCAUUGCAAAGAAAUGCAGAUGACAAAUUAAAACAACAACAUAGACUUCCAAAUUCAUCAGUUACCAGCAUUUCAGCAGAUAAAUAUGAUAAAGAGCAAUGUGUCACAAGCCAGUAUAACAAGCUUGAAAAGCCAAAUAAGAAAGGCCUUAGUUUUCUACAGAAAACACAAAGCAGUGUUAUGCAUAAAAAUAAAGAAAAACAAGAUUAUUCAAGUACAUCAGCCAGAAGUCAAAAGGAUCCAGAAGUCUUUGUUAUCUCUGAUGAAGAGGAUGAAGAAAAGAGACAAGACUCAAGGCCACAAAUGAACAAACAGGCUCAAAGUACAAACAUUUCUACACCAUUUAAUUGGGCAAAGUCAAGCAUCCAAUCAAAGCCAGUAACAAAGACAACUUGUACAUUCACUUCAAAUACAAUUAUGGGAAAAGGCUAUGCAAUAAAUUCAAAUUCAUCUAAACAGAAACAGGGUGUAAAAUCUGCUGCGCCUACAUCGGUGAGCAAGUUAGAAAGUGUUGUGCAAUCAAGAAUACCUUUCACAUCAGCAAGUACAAAUGUACCUUUGGGUUCUAAGGGAACUACACUUGCAACUUCAAGCUGCAAUUUUCCACAACAACCCUUUAGCAAGUCUUGGGGAUCUAGCCAGGUGUCAGCAACUCAUAUAUCAAAAGAGAGGCUUCAUGCAAAAAAAGUCACAAACAUACAGGAAAGCCUAUCUGUUUGCCCAAUGUGUCAGUACAAGUUCCCUCCAAAUGUAAAUACAAGAGAUGUUGAGAAGCACAUAUCUAGCUGUAUCAAUGACGAGGAUCUGUUUUUUGAUGAAUGCUGAACAUUGACUGGAACAGGAGAAAAAAGUGCGGAGCUGAGAUAGGAGUUCCUGAUGUAUAACGUAGCUGAGAUACAGUAAGAGUCCCUGAAGUGUGACGUAGCUAGGUAUUUGUGUUUCUCCAUUGACCUAGCUACAGUAGGUGAGGCCUAUUAGCGAUAGCAGCUUGCACAUUUAUCGUGUGCGUGCAAAUCGUUGCGACUUUUUUCUAAAGUAUAUUACAGGGGCGUAGCCCGGGGGUGGCCUAGGGGGCUCGCCCCCCUCCCCCCUUUAGCAGAUAAAAAUACAGUAAAUUUAUGAGACAUUAUCUAAAAUAAAGAAAAAAACGCCUUGAAAGUCUCUUUUGGGACCCCUCCUAUUGAAAAUCAUGGCUACGCUGUUGUAUUAGGAUACUGAAAGUAUUUUUUACGCAGAAUAGACAACGAAUGUUUCUUCGUCGCAUCGCAGUUAAGUGCGACAUAAUUUGCCUUGGUAGUGCGCCAUACAAAAUAGCGUACAAAAACUAGCUUCUAGUCAAAUACUAGAAAAGGAAAAAAUACUGUACUUCCGUGGUGGAACAUAAUAUAUGCUUUUAUUAUAUACAUAAUGAGAAAUACUCACUGAAAACAUAUUCAGUAAAUUUUCGUUCGGUCACUGGUCUCCAGGAGAACACGAUGCGAAAACGAUAUUGUGGACGCGAAUCAAGUGAUGCGUUUUCGGCGAAACAAAUCAGGAUACUUUUUAAUCCGUGUUAGUGUGGACGACACCUUAUAAAAUGUUAUGUAACAAGCCUUGUGGCUGUCAUUCCCAAAUGACACCACUUCGGCACUAUUAGGACAAGUUCAAACGCGCAUUCACUUAACGUUUAUUUUCUUCACAAAGUUCAAUCAUUCAACAUUUCACCGAGUCGGGAUACCUGCAGCGACAGCAAAAGCAAAGCGAAGCGAAGCGGUUCCUAAACACAAAAUACAUCGCUUAGACUACAAACAAUAAACAAACAGCAUCGAAAUUUACAAAUAAAUCAAUACACGGUACUUA